UAUACAUGACCCGGUAAAAACACCUUAGCCCGAAAAAUUUUGAGAUUCGUAUCCUAGUUCAGUGAGAAACUGAAUACCUCUUUUCAAUUGAGAUAAGGCACGCUUCCCGAUGCAGCAACCUAGAUUGAAAUUUGGAGACAAUUUUACCCAUAUCCUUCCGUCGUUUAGCUCUCUUCCUCUCAUUUCUUCCACACAAUUUCCAGUUGGCAGUGUAUAGAUCUUCAUCACGUCGAUUAUUCGACUUCCACAGGCGAUGGACGCCGUAGAUGCCCGGCGAAAGCAGAUAAAGCGCCGCCGCAUAACAUGUACUCAGUUACUACUUUUAUUGGAGGAAAUCAUUCAAUCUCAUCAAAUGAACAUGCUCCUCCUAUUGACAUUGGUUGUAUCCCUCAUCGGUUUACCCCGAAGGAAACAACAUAUUCGUCAGUUGAGGGGGAGAUAUGUACUUGUUGAUAGAAUUCCAACUCAAGUCAAGCAUAUGGAUAGGCUUGUAAGAGUUUCAGACCGAUAUUGCUUUGACAAUAUGCGCAUGAACGGGAAUGCUUUUGGUCGCUUGUGCCGUAUUCUUCGCCAAUACAGCGGCCUAACUGACUCCAAGUACAUAAAGGUUGAGGAGCAGGUGGCUAUGUUCUUAUGCAUCUUAUCCCAUCACAAGAAAACUAGAAUUAUUGGUUUUGAAUUCACAAGGUCCUCACAUACAGUGUCCUGAUACAUGCACAAUGUUCUGGGUGGUGUUCUCAAACUCCAUGAAACAUUAUUUGUCCAGCCAGAACCUGUCCCGGAUAAUUGCACCGACCAUCGUUGGAAGUGGUUCAAGGGUGCUGUAGGAGCAUUAGAUGGGACAUACAUAAAUGUGCGAGUGCCCAUUGAGGACCAACCCAGGUUCUGUUCUCGGAAAGGGCAAAUAUCAACCAACACUCUUGCUGCAUGUGAUAGAUUUUUACGGUUCACAUAUGUACUUCCUGGCUGGGAAGGAUCGGCCGGGGAUUCGAGGGUUCUCCGCGAUGCAGUCUCAAGGCCACAUGGGCUGCGCGUCCCCAUAGGCACAUACUACCUAUGUGAUAAUGCACAUGCUAAUAGCGAGGGUUUUCUCACACCAUACAAAGGAGUGCGUUAUUAUCUUAAAGAGUGGGGUCCUGCCGCACAUGUGCCUCAGAAUCCAAAGGAGCUCUUCAAUAUGAGACACACCAAAGCGCGCAAUAUCAUUGAACGAGCUUUUGCCAUACUGAAGAUGCGGUGGGGUAUACUAAGGAGUCCUAGCUUCUAUCCGCUACAGGUUCAAAUCAGGCUAAUCACAUGUUGCUUUAUUCUUCACAACUUUAUCCGGCGUGAAAUGGAUGACGACCCUAUCGAGAAUCAACUUGACACCGAACUAGGGGAAUUUGCAGAAGGUGAAGAGCUAGGGGAGAACCUCGAUUAUGUUGAUAGCAUUGAUCCUACAGAUGCAUGGACUAACAAGAGAAGAGAUUUGUCAUUGCACAUGUGGAAUAACCGAGAUGGUCAUUAAGAGAGAGACCUACGACUAAAUCUAUUUGACUAGCGAACUUUGGUACUCUUCUGCAGAUAUUUUAUAUGGAGUGACUUCAACUAAUUAGCACUUGUACUACUUAUUUGGCUUUGUUGAUGAAAUUGUUAUUUAUAAGAACCCAGUGAUGCAUUUGCUUUCAUGGUUACAUGUACAUUAUUUUAUGUGAAAUCAAGAUUCUAUCUCGAGGAUUAAAA